AUGGGAGCCUUGCACCUAAAACCCAAGGGUAACAAGUCCUGGCAAGAGGCGGUCAGGCGUGAGACGCUUACCAAACCUCUGACGGGAGAGGUAUUGGUAGGCGUUGCUAACGCACUGAGGCUCAAGGCCUACGAGUUCCGUCUACUCGACUUUGUGCGGACGAGGCAAGGCGUCACUGGCAUCGACGGCAACCCCAGCGGUCCAAUGGGUGUCUUGCCUCAGCCACUGCUGCCGCCGUCCCAGCUGCGGCCCCAGCUGCAAACAGGCCCCGCACUCCAGCACCUCCACCAACUCAUACAGCAGCAACAGGCGAUGCUCACACAGAACCAGCAGCCGGGACCGCAGGCGGAGCCAUCUUUUACCAAGUUGCAACAGACAGACACGGUGCUUCAUGGCAGCCAGGGGCCAAUUGGCACUGGGCCAAUGGCCAUGCUACUUGCUGGGUCUCCCCCUCAGCAACAGCACAUGUUGCCGCAGCAAAGACCCAUCAACCUCCAACCUGGAACCCUGGGUGGUGGUGCCCUCCAGCAGGUGGAUGCAACGGCUGUCAGUGCUGGCGCGCCUCUGGUUGCCACGCUAGCCCCCUUGGCCCCGACUCCUGUGAUUGGCGCCAUGCCACUUCGUGGUGCUGGACCCGUGGUGCUCCCGCCCAUGGUGGAUGCAACGGCUGUCAGUGCGGCUUUCGAUCCAGCAACCUGUGAGGACCCCCUGAUCUGGCGUCGCCAUUACCUGCUGCUUGUCAAGGAGAACGCGGACCAAAAGCUACAGCUGGCCAGGAUGGUGGCACAGGUUGCUGACACGGAUGCACGGGCUGCAGCCUUAUCGAUGCGUUUGCAAGCGGCCACGUGUGAACAGCAAGGUCUUGUUAAAAGCCUUGCGCAGCUAAGCAGCAGUACGACAGCGGUCCUUCGGCGCGCACGGAAGUGGACACUGGCGCGCGACGUUGAUGCGGAUGCCGACUCUGUAUCUGUACCGAAUCCUGUCAGUGACCUGGUGCUGGAGCGGGUCAGUGGUCCCUCCCUCUUGCGACCAGGCAGCCAGUCCCAGGUGUUCCGCAUCCGAAACCAAUCCAAUCGCAGCCUUUUGUACUUCCCGCUUGACGCCUUCACAUUGGCGGAUACCGUGACAGACACGACAGAUAAGACUGCAAAACAGCUCAAAUCGGCGAACUCGAAUGCAGUGGGGAAGCUCCAGCAGCACGCCGAGCUUGGUAGUGGUGUGAAGAUCCUGUCUAAGGUGUGUACUGAGGCUCUGGAGCGCCAGGCUUGCGCCGCCUUCGUCGGUGCUGACGGGGGAGAGGGUGGGGCUGCGAAUGGUGGCUAUUUUCGGGGCACGCAGAACAUGAGCUUUGUCACGCUGGACGGAAUGGCACACCUGGUUUCCAGGAACUGCAAAGUGGUGGCGGGGCGGGGAGUUGAUUGGGUUCACGAGGCGAUUGCGUGGAUAGGGUCGAACCCUGCACUCGAGAAAGGGGACUGGACACACUCUCCGUGGCAGCGGGUGGUCCCAUCAGUACAGGGCGCUGCGGUACUAUAUGGAGGUGGCGACGGGGAGGUAGGGGAUGUGUGA